GAAUACAGGUAUAUGCCACUGGUCAAAGUCCAACAAUUCGUGCACGCAGGUCUGCUACAAUUUCAUCUUUUGCGAGGCACUGUGCUGACGUAUCCCAAACUCAAUUAAAAAAAAAGGAAAAAGUGUCAAUAUUAUAUUUCAUACAAAAUGUUUCCUGCUCUUAAAAAUUGUCUGGUGGUGAAACAUGGAGCCCUUAAUUAUGUGGACAUUCUUAGCCGUUACUCUGCAAUUUCCAUAAACAAGGCAUACUCUACGAAAAGCAAUCCUGGCUCCCAGAAUAUCGUAUUUAUCGAUGGGGUACGGACUCCGUUUCUACAGUCUGGAACUCAGUACAAAAAUCUCCUGGCAUACGAUCUUGCAAGACAUUCGUUGGUGAGCUUGCAAAAGAAGGUUGGAUUCCCUAAGGAAAUAAUCGAUUACAUCGUGUACGGUACGGUAAUGCAAGAAGUGCGAACUUCCAAUAUCGGAAGGGAAGCUGCUCUAGCUGCGGGAUAUAGCGAACACACUCCCGCGCAUACAGUAACAAUGGCGUGCAUCAGUAGUAAUCAGGCUAUCACUACUGGAAUGGGUUUAAUCGCCUGUGGUGUUUACGACGCAAUUAUAGCAGGAGGUGUUGAGUUCAUGUCGGAUGUUCCGAUCAGGCAUAGCCGACGCAUGAGAUCUUUGAUGUUACAAGCGAACAAGGCUAAAACCCUGGCGAACAAGUUGACUCUCUUGACCAGCAUCAGACCGUCUUAUUUCAUGCCAGAUCUACCAGCUGUGGCCGAGUUUUCGACCGGCGAGACUAUGGGACACAGUGGGGAUCGUUUGGCGGCAGCGUUCGGCGUGACGCGCAAGGAACAAGACGACUACGCAUUGCGCUCUCAUACGCUAGCCGCGCGAGCCCAACAGCAGGGCUUGCUGUCGGACGUGAUGCCUUACAAAGUACCGAACGUUGAUCAAGUCGUGGACAGAGACAAUGGUAUUCGCGUAUCUACGGAGGAGCAGUUGGCCAAGUUGAAGCCCGCAUUCGUCAAGCCUUACGGAACGGUCACCGCGGCCAAUGCAUCCUUCUUGACCGAUGGUGCAUCCGCGGCGUUAAUAAUGAGCGAGGAGAAGGCUCUGCGACUUGGCUUGAAGCCCAAGGCGUACCUGCGAACCUUCACCUACGUGUCUCAAGAUCCGGUCGAUCAGCUGCUUCUGGGACCGUCGUACGCUAUACCAAAAGUUUUGGACAAGUCGAAAUUGGGCUUGAAGGACAUAGGAGUGUGGGAGAUACACGAAGCGUUUGCCGGACAGAUCUGCGCUAAUCUGAAAGCACUGGAUUCCGAUUUGUUUGCGCAAAAGUUCUUGAACAGGAGUUCCAAGGUCGGCAUACCGGAUCUGAACAAAUGGAACGCAUGGGGUGGGUCUCUGUCGAUCGGCCAUCCGUUCGCCGCGACUGGAGUCAGAUUAGCGACGCACACCGCCAAUCGCCUCAUCAAGGAGGAUCAGCAAUUUGGGCUUAUAGCUGCGUGCGCCGCUGGCGGACAAGGAGUCGGUAUGCUCAUGGAGCGGUAUCCUGAUGCAAAACUCUGACUUGGUUCUUAGAGAAGUGUGAUAUUUAGGAAAUAUUUUUCUAUCGAGAGAAUACGAAUACGUUUAGAAAUAUCGCCGGUUUUUGUAAAAACAUUUUCUAUCCUAUAUAUAUAUAUAUAUAUAUAUCGUGUAUUUACAGUGGACAUUAAAUUGUACAAAAU